GCAGCAUCAGCAUCACCGGUAUGAGUAGCAGUGCGCAACUUGGAGAAAUAACUAUACUGUCCGGAGGAGCGCGCGUAUGUCCGUGAACUGUGCCUCGCGAUCCCUGUUUGUGACCGUCCACUCGACGUAUUCAUGAGGGCAUAAAUAUGCCAAAACCAACAACUCGCUGUGGUUGUGCCGCCGAAGAGAAGGGAACCAUGGAUUUAAUGAAAAAACACACUUAUCUCUCCAUCUUCAUUUUGAUAAUGAGCAACACCUGCCAAACUCUAUCUCACAGAUUUCUAGAGGAGAACAUCUCAGACCCGUUGUUUCCGCCUCACCCAGAAGAUGACAGCCAAAUUACCUCCUGUGAUUUUGAGUCACAGUGCCUCUGGACUUUAUCACAUAACAACACUCAUAGUGACUGGUUGGUGGUGUCACCACAGCAGCAGCAGGGUGGGAGGAUGCCUGCAACUGACCACUCUGUGGGAAGAUCUGAUGGCCACUUUCUUCUCCUAAGCGCCUCACAUGCUGCUGGUGCCGCUGGGAAAUGUGAAUAUCACUUAACAAGUCCAGUCUUGCCUGGAAGCAACAGGCAAUGCAUCCUGCAGGUGGCUCUGUAUGAGAGCAGGCCAAUGAUGGGGAACCUCACAGUCCUGAUCAAGCCAGUUCUGUCAGAUUUAGCUGUUCACUCUGAGGUUUUAAACCAAAGGAGACAAGACAACCACAGGGCUGAGUGGGACGUUCUUGAGACUAUGAUUGGCCAGGUGGACGAGCCCUUUCAGGUGACCCUGCUUUACACUUACUGUGUUUCUGAAGAUGGAGCCAACAUGGCUCUGGACUCUCUGGACUUCAUAGACUGUGAAUCAGAAGAUGAUAUCAUUGACCUGAAUGAAGAAUGUGAAGAAUCUUUCCACUGUGAAAACUCUGGCGGCUGCAUUGCCCAGAGCCAAGUGUGUAAUUUCCACACGGACUGUCCCCUUGGAGAAGACGAGGGCUUCAUGUGUGAUGCUCUUCCCUUUGGCUCAUACUGUUCGUUUGAGUGGAAUUCAUGUGGUUGGUCUGCAUCCAACCAACACUUGGGUUGGAGGAGGGUCGCUGGAGAUGAGCUUCUGGAGAAAGAAGACAUGCAGGGCGUCACUCUGCAGCGCACACCAGGGCACUUUUUGUUCCUGCAGGUUAGAGAAAAUAAAUCCCUUCAAGAAGCGUCCAUCCAGAGUUCUUCUUUCCCUCAUCCAAUUUCUACUACUGCUUGCCAGAUGCGUUUCUCGCUGUAUGUGUAUGGAGUUUUUAAUGGUUCUUUGCAAGUUGCCAUAGAGGAAAAUGGGACCACCACUUCACCACUGGUGUGGGAGAGAAAUGGUCAGUGGAUAGAUGACUGGGAGACAGUUGCACUGGAGCUGACUGGCCUUCACCAUGGGUUCCACGUAAAGGUAACAGCCAUGUGGGGGCAAGGCUCCCAUGCCGAUGUUGCUCUUGAUAAUAUCGCAAUAGGAGCAGCCUGCUUCAGCAAAGAUCUCAACUCUCUGUUUCAAAUGCCUGACUUGGAUUUCCUGAGCCCCCUUCCAGAGCCUUCAGUCUCAGAAGUUUCUCUGAUGACUUGGUGGUUUAACUCAUGUGGUGCCAGUGGACCCCACGGCCCGACCCAAGCGCAGUGUGACAGCACCUACAGGAACAAAAAUGUCAGUGUUACUGUGGGAAAGGAAAGCCCCUUAAAAGGUGUCCAGUUGUGGAAGGUUCCUGCAACUAACCGAUACCUGAUCUCAGCAUAUGGGGCUGCAGGAGGAAAGGGUGCCAAAAAUCACAACAAACGCAACCAUGGAGUGUUUAUAUCUGCCAUAUUUCCUCUGGAGAAGGGAGACAUUCUUUACAUCUUGGUGGGUCAUCAGGGAGAGGACGCGUGCCCAGGGAGAAAUCCCCUCACCCAGAAGAUCUGCCUGGGAGAGUCAUCUGUAAUUGAAGACAAGCGCAAGGCUGAUGCUGGUGCAGAGUGGGCAGGCGGAGGAGGCGGUGGAGGUGGAGCCACCUUCAUCUUUAAGAUGGAAUCGGGGGAGCUGGUUCCUUUGCUAAUCGCAGCUGGUGGCGGAGGAAAUGCCUACCUAGAAGAUCCAGAGUACAGUCUAGACCAGAUACCACUGGAGCAGUAUGAAAACAUUACCACAGCUCGCAGUACCAAUGGUCAAACUGGUGCGGCAGGUGGAGGUGGUGGCUGGAAGGACAGUCCCAGUCCUCAUCUGAGUGCAGGAAAAUCUCUGCUGGAGGGUGCACUGGGGGGGUCUUCAUGUCCCCUUGCUUUGUCUAAGCUCAGCUGGUCAACCUUUGGAGGCUUUGGGGGUGGAGGUGGAGCCUGUACAGCUGGAGGUGGUGGAGGAGGAUACAGAGGAGGCGACGCUGCGCUGAAGGAUGAGAUCACAGCUGACGGUCAAAAUGGAGUUUCCUUCAUCCAUCCGAUGGGUGAGAUUUUUCUGCAGCCUCUGGCAGCCAUGGAGGGUCACGGUGAGUGUGAGAUCAGGGUGGAGCUGAACUGUAGCCACUGCAAGACACAGAGUUGCAAACGAGAAGAAGAUACUCACCUCCUCAUCUGUCUCUGUGACAUCGACGAAGUCCUCGCCAGUGACAAUGUUACAUGUAUCAGUGCAGUAGAUCCCCAAGGACUUCCACCACAAGGCCCAUUGUCGACAUCGCUGAUCUUGGCUGUUGUGGUCUCCACCAUUGCCAGCGGCAUUGCCCUGGUUUGUGCUGGCGUCAUCCUCAUGUGGUACCGCAGAAAGAACGACCUGCAUGCAGUGAGGGGGCGUCUACAGAGUCCAGAGUACAAGCUGAGCAAGAUCCGCUCCUCCACCAUCAUGACGGACUACAACCCGAACUACUGCUUCGCUGGCAAGGCUGCCUCACUCAGUGAUCUAAAGGAAGUGCCACGCAAGAACAUCACACUUCUCAGGGCUCUUGGACAUGGUGCAUUUGGUGAAGUCUAUGAAGGACAAGUUCUGGGAAUGAGUCCUGAUGGCAGUCCUAUGCAGGUGGCCAUAAAGACUCUACCAGAAAUCUGCUCUGAACAGGAUGAAAUGGAUUUCCUGAUGGAGGCGCUGAUUAUGAGUAAGUUCAGUCAUGAGAACAUUGUGCGCUGCAUCGGGGUUAGUCUGAACAUUCUGCCACGCUUCAUCUUGCUGGAGCUAAUGACUGGAGGAGACAUGAAAAGCUUUCUGAGACAAAACAGACCAAGAGUGGGUCAGACCUCUUCUCUCACCAUGCGGGAGCUGUUGCAAAUGGCCAGAGACAUCGCCUGUGGCUGUCUCUACCUGGAGGAGAAUCAGUUCAUUCACAGAGACAUUGCUGCCAGAAAUUGCCUUCUUACUUGCUCCGGACUCGAGAGAGUGGCUAAGAUUGGAGACUUUGGCAUGGCGCGGGACAUUUAUAGAGCUAGCUACUACAGAAAAGGUGGUCGUGCCAUGCUGCCAGUCAAAUGGAUGCCUCCAGAGGCCUUCAUGGAGGGAAUCUUCACAUGCAAGACUGAUACCUGGUCAUUUGGUGUGCUGCUCUGGGAAAUCCUCUCUCUGGGUUACAUGCCGUAUCCCUGUAAAACCAACCAAGAGGUCCUGGAGUUUGUCACCAGCGGAGGCAGGAUGGACCCUCCCAAGGGUUGCCCAGGGCCUGUCUAUCGGCUCAUGACCCAGUGUUGGCAGCACUGUCCUGAUCACCGGCCCAACUUCUCAACUAUCCUGGAAAGAAUUAACUACUGCACUCAGGACCCAGAUGUCAUUAAUACACCGCUUCCUGUGGAAUAUGGCCCCAACACAGAGGAUGAUGGAGGCACAGUUAUGCGCCCUCCUGUCCCCACCACCACCGGUGUCACUCCACUCCUGGUGUCACACCCCGUUUGCCAGGAUUCACCUACGCAACUGGGUUUCUCGUCCAUGGGCUUUGGUCCCCCUACACUUCCCCUACAGCCCACUAAACCCCGUCUUCUCCUGCAGAGAACCCAACCUGUCCACCAUGAAGUGACUUCUUGUCGAGAGGUACUGGAGCCGUCCUGGGCUGAAACCGUUCCUGCCCCUGGUUUGUCAGGGGGAAGCAACUGCAUCCACUCCGAGCCUCCUCAUCACCGACCCUGCACCAGAAACGGUUCCUCCUCAGGAAGCCAGAGGCUGAAGAAUAAGACUAAGAACCUUUGGAACCCAACAUAUGGCUCUUGGGUCUUGGAAAAUUUCAUGGGGAAGAAAACACUGGCUCACACUCAGUCCAUGCCACUCUCAAGUUCCACCAGCAACUCACAGACCUGCAGCCCAGCUUCAGAGAGUAACGAAGCCAUUUGUGACAGCAUCAGCAGCACCUACCUCAACCCAACUCCACCUCCUGCCUGCCAGACCCAGGCUGGCCCGAGCUUGCCCUCUCAGAAGACCCCAGCUGGUGGUGCCACAAAAGCUGGUAUGGACCUUGCUAAGCUCCAGAGUUUCCCUUGUGGCAAUGUCAAUUAUGCCUACGAUGAGCAGAGCUAUGAGACAGAGAGCCUGCCAUUGGUCAUGCCCAAAACCCCAGAAGCCAUCACAAGCACGAGUUCUUCUCUGAGUGCCACCCCAGGAACUACCCUGGGUCUGGCCCUAAGCCUUCAUACCUCCUCAUCUUGUAUGCCUAAACUAUUGCUGAAACGCCAUGCCAGCUAUGGACACGAGGACAUGAGGAGACAUACCAAAGCCGAGAAGCCCACUCGUGAUCGAGACUCUGGCUUUUCUCUGUCUGAAGAUCUCAGUGUUGCCCACAUCUAAAAAAUGGCCAAGAGAGGUUAUAGAUCAAAUUAAAAUGUCAGCUGGAAUCCCAUCCCAAACAAAUUGAGACUUAAGCCUUAUGUGUCUGAAAAAGAAUAUGCAUGACUGUGAGAACUUCACCAUGGUCAGAAAGCCACUAGAUCAAAUUAUUACAGCUUAUGGUAUGCUGGAAAACACACUUUAACGCUUACGUUCAUACAAAUACAUCUCUGUACUGUGAUACUCAGAGUCCUGCCCUGAGCUUCUGGUGCACUGGUAGCUAAACACUGAUGCUGAAAUACUGAGCAAAAUGUAACCUGGAGCCUUCAAAAUGUCCACACAGUUGGUGAUGGAUGUCAGAAAUCACUGCUGUUGAAAGACUCCUUUUUAUGUUUUUUUCUUUCUCCUCUUUUCUUUUUUUUUCUUUCUUUUUUCUCUUUGCUGUAUUUGCUUCAUAAAAAACCUUGGUAGUAAUGUUUUGAAGUAUGUAGUUACUAGACUGUAGACCAGAGGCCAAAGGUAUUGAGUCACGGAGAAAAGGAUCUCCAAGAAGUUUUCAUUUUAAUUUAACAUGUAAGUCAGCUUUGGAAAGUAGUUACACACUUUUUGCUGCUGUUGUGUAAAAUCACAAUUAUGGUUCUAAUAAUUUGUAUACAUAGUUGAGACAUUGUAGUUGGUACUUUUGUAUUCACCCCAUACAAUGUGAAAAUGUGUCCUCCAUGUGUGGAUUCAGACAGCUAAUUUCCCUAGAGUUUAUCUACUGACUAUCCCCAGGGCCCCAUGUUCCCCAUAUUAGUAUUCAGCUAACAUACAUUAACACUCCCUUUGUGAUCAGGUCAGCCUGACUCUAAACCUAUGCGAACAUAGAGAUGGGGAACUUGUUUCUCAGGAUUCCCAAUCCAUUUUGUGCUGCAUGCAACUGUUUGUGCCAAGCAAACUGGCUGCAGUUUUAUACUUAAUGCACAGACACAACAGUAGUGUUGAUCGUCAUUUCUAACUCUCAGAAUUCUCAGAGAGAAAGCGAACAUGCAUUAUGCCAACAAUGUUGAACCAAUUCAGAUGUGGAUGUUUUUGUGACAUGAAACCUCUAGCUGAAUUCUCUCAAGAUAAAUAGUGGAGCUUAUGAAGCGAAAACCUUGCCAAAACUACAUAUUCCAUUGAUUUUGUUCUAUAGUGCAGUGCCUCCUACUGUCACUUCUUGUGUAAUGUGCCAAGCUGGAGCAAAUCAGUGGCCUUUCAUUAGCGAUAACAGAUUCAUUCACUUAUUAAUGAAGUAUGUUGGAUAAACUUUCUUCUUACAUGUCUCAGUAUUUACUUGGCCUGCAGACAGUCCUAUGAAUGUGUAAGUGAAGAUCGGGGAUGACCUUGCAGCUGUGAAGAUAUUUGCUAUUUUUGUACAGAAUUAUGUACACUGGACUAACCUGAUGUGUUUGUAGCGAUCUUUUUUCCUCGUUGGACAUUUGUAUUUGUUCAUGUUUAUGUAUCUGUAGUUGAUCACUGCCAUUAGAAAGUGCAGCUCUGCAUCUGCUGAUGUAGUGCUGGUAGCACCUGUGUUUUCCCAGCAGGGAGAGCUAUUUAGCCCUUGAAUACUGAGCUAGCUGCUGCAGGUCUUAAUAUGUGUAAAAUGUGGAUUUCUGUAUUCAGUAUUUGUUUUGAGUUACGCUUUAUUUAGUCCUUUAAGUGGUUGUAAACAAUUUAUCCUUAUUUUAAUCUAAACAUGUAAAUGGUUUAUUAAAUGAAGAGUUACAUUUACCUUUGAACUAUAUAGGCUUACUGUAUGUUUUAUAAUCCGGCCUGCUUAUAUAAGUGGUUUUCAACUCAACUUGAAAGUAGCAUCUUUAAGAAAAUGUAUCAAACCAAAAUGCUCAUAAACCUUUCUAAAGAUUAUUGGUAUAUUUUUACACAGUGAAAAAAAAAUAAAAAGUUGAAAAAAGUAAUCUUAUUACAUAUUACACUGUAUAUUUCCUAAGUUCUUGAGUUUUCAAUUUAACUCUCAAUAAAACUUUUUUUCUGCAUUUUUGUAAGAUGGAAAACAAUGAAAAUGCAAAUCCAUUGAAUGAAAUAUGCUGUUUGUCACACAUUCACCCUUUCAUUUAAAUGUGCCCCAAAUAAAUCAACAUAUAUUCAUCUAA